AUGGCCACCGCUACUGAAAUCCAUCUGUCACCGGUGACAGAUACGGGCAUUUACAGCUCAAAUGUGAGAGACGACGCUGCGCGCACAGCGAGCGAGAUCUUACAGGAUGACAUGGCCACCCACCAUGUCUUCUUCAAUGACCAGGGGUUCCAUACACCAGGGGAUAUCAAGGCUUGUUAUGAGCGGAAUAAGACAUAUCAGAGACCCGCCCUUCCAGCGAGCCAAGAUGUCAUCCAAUCCAUGCAUGAUGCCGCUAAAUUCCAGGAGUACGCUGGGAAGGAAGAACAUUACCCCAACUACCUACGUUUCUUCCAGCAUGAGAUCGAUGCAAAGGGCGUUGCCGGCGUUCUGCGCGAGUAUGUCUUCGCCGGGGAUGAGCGAGCUGAGAGUAUGAUGUGUCGGUUAUUUGGCGGUCUCGUACACCCACUUAUCCAUUUGGGUUUCGGUAUAGAGUUCAACCAACCUGCGAUCGUGGCUCAAGCCCUUGCACAGGCAGCUGUGCAUGAUGACUGGCUGGGUCGUGCCUUCUUCCUACCCGCCGAGAAGAUGGCUGGUGGCGUGGGAAAGCCUGGACAGAAGUCUCCGCUCCAGCUCUUAAAUGAGAUGCGGGCUGACAAGGCUCUUAUUCAGAGUGUCCAGUGGUCUGACUCUAAUAAGAUCAAGGAUGGAGUUCUCCACAGAGCACCGGAGCAGAUGCUCAAGUAUGCAUCGCAAUUCACUGUCUCCGAGGACCAGGCCGAGGAGCGGUUGGCGGAGAUGAUCAAUACAGUCUCCUACUAUACCAGUGCAGCCCAGCGUCCGACUAGAGAGAUGAGGAUUGAUUUCUUCUUCAUCCAUUGUGUCAAUUCGUCUAUCUUCUUUUCCAAGAUUAUCAUUCUCCCAUACUUGGAUCAAAAAGCCAAGCUGCGCAUGUUGGAAUGGAAGGGACGUAUGGAUCUCUUGAUGUAUAUUUCACGUGGAACACCUGACCUUCUGUUGGAUGAGGUGGCGAAUUAUCCACUGAAAGAAGACUGGCCGCAGAUAUUCGCGCGGAGUAUUGCGCAUCCCGGCGAUGAUGGACAUCUAGCAAAGCUAGCACGGGCUUUGGCGCAUGGUCAGAAAGUCUGCGAGGCAUUUGAGAGUAAACAUCCCGAGAUGCCGAUCAAGGGAUAUAUGUGGCUUAGGAUUGGAAAUAUAGCUGUUGACUCUACUGUCGAGGAGGCAGAUAGACCAAUGUGGGUUCGUUCUACUGGAUUUGAUGAAGCGUGGGAGCCGCACCAGGCCCAUAUGUGA